AUGUCAAGAAAACCGUGUUGUGUCGGAGAAGGGCUGAAGAAAGGCGCAUGGACCACCGAAGAAGAUAAGAAACUCAUCUCUUACAUCCACGAACAUGGAGAAGGAGGCUGGCGCGACAUUCCCCAAAAAGCUGGGUUAAAAAGGUGUGGAAAGAGUUGUAGACUGCGUUGGACUAACUACCUAAAACCUGAUGUCAAAAGAGGCGAGUUUAGCUCAGAGGAGGAACAGAUUAUUAUCAUGCUUCAUGCAUCUCGUGGUAACAAGUGGUCGGACAUAGCGAGACAUUUACCUAGAAGAACAGACAAUGAGGUCAAGAAUUACUGGAACACUCAUCUUAAAAAACGUUUGAUCGAACAGUGUAUUGAUCCCGUGACUCACAAGCCACUGGCUUCUAAUUCCAACCAUACUGUCAACACGCCUCCAGAGAAUUUGCAUUCCCUUGCUGCGCCUAGUUCCGACAAGCAAUACUCCCGGUCGAGCUCAAUGCCUUCCCUGUCUCGUCUUACCAACAAAGAUGGGACACCAGUUCAAGGCGGUGCCUUGAGUCACAAAAAACGUUUCAAGAAGUCGAGUUCUACAUCAAGGCUUUUGAAUAAAGUUGCGGCUAAGGUCACUUCUGUAAAAGAAAUAUUGUCGGCUUCCAUGGAAGGUAGCUUGAGCGCUACUACAUUACCAUAUGCAAGCCAUUCUAAUGGCUUCUCUGAGCAGAUUGGCAAUGAAGAGGAUAGUUCCAACGCGUUCCUGACAAAUACUCUCGCCGAGUUCGAUCCCUUCUCCCAAUCACCGUUGUACAGUGAGCAUGAGAUCAACGCUACUUCUGAUCUCGGUAUGGAUUACGAUUUCUCACAUUUUCUUGAAAAGCUUGGGAGAGAUGACCACAACGAGGAGAACGAUAUGAAUGUCGAGUAUGGUCAUGAUCUUCUUAUGUCUGAUGUGUCUCAAGAAGUCUCAUCAACUAGCGUUGAUGAUCAAGACAAUAUGAUUGAAAAUUUCGAGGGUUGGUCAAAUUAUCUUCUUGACCAUGCGGAUUUCGUAUAUGACACGGAGUCUGAUUCCCUCAUAUGA